GUUAGCCGAGGCCGCCGAGGCUCGUGCCCGGCGGGGGAACCAGAUGAGGCACAUCUGGACAGCUGCGCUGAGGAACUGUGCGGCCCCUUCGCGGGCCGGACGUCAUCUGAGCACGUCCCCCACGUCCUCUCCUUUCAGCCACUUAUUAUUUAUUCAUUCUCCUGAGAAGCAACCAGGAAUCCAAGUUUAAAACUUUUUUCCCUUAAUGCGAGACGGGGCCAGAUCCUAUCCAACACAUAGUUUAAUUUUCAUGGGGCUUUGAGAUCAAAAGGACACAAACAGCAACUAAAGCCCAGCCGCUGUCUGAUUUAAAACUGGCAAAGUGGGAAAAAUAGUGUUGAGUAAGACCAAGUUGGUCAUGGGGAAUUUCAAAGGUCAUGCCGUCCCUGGAACCUUCUUCUAUAUCAUGGGUAUUUGGUGGACUAUCAAGUGCAUUAUGAAAUAUUUCUUAAAAAAGCACAAGAGGACUUCUUACCUUGGUUCCAAAGCAUUAUUCCAUCGAAUAGAGAUUUCGGAGGGGACUGUACUAAUUGUAAUGGCUAUAAGUGGCAUGCUUGGAGAACAGUUUUUUCCUGGAGGACCCUACCUGACCUUAUAUGACUAUAAAAAUAGCCAGUGGGUCCAACUCCUGGGCUGGCAACAUUGUACCAUGUACUUCUUCUUUGGGCUGGUGGGUGUGACAAACAUCUUAUGUUCCACCAUCAGGUCACUUCCUGCCUCCUUUGCCAAGUUAAUAUUUUCAAAUGCCUUCUUUGUGGAGACUUUUAUUUUCUAUAACCACACUCAUGGCCGGGAAAUGCUGGACGUCUAUGUGCAUAAGCUUCUGGUCUUGGCCGCAUUUUUGGCUGGACUGGUUGCCUUCAUGGAAAUCAUUGCACGAACCAAUAUAGCUGUGGAGCUUCUACGGACAAGCUUCAUCCUGCUUCAGGGAAGCUGGUUCUGGCAGAUUGGUUUUGUCCUUUAUCCCCCCAGUGGAGGUCCUGCAUGGAAUUCAGUGGAUCAUGACAACAUUAUGUUUCUCACCAUAUGCUUUUGUUGGCAUUAUGUAUUAGCCAUUAUCAUAAUUGGAGCAAUUUAUGCCUUUGUCACCUGGUUGGUUGAAUCUCGAUUUAAGAGGUUCUUCCCCUCAGAAGUUGGACUCCUGAAAAACACUGAACGAGAACAAGAAUCAGAAGAAGAGAUGUGACUGUGAUGGGCGCCUAGUCUUUCUGGAUGAAAUCAUUCUUUUUUUUCAAUAUUUUUAAUCAAGGUUUUUUGCUCCCCCCCCACACCUUUUGUUUGAGAACAACUGGCUAAGAAAUGAUACUUGGGGUACUGCUUGUAUUUACAAUUUUGUUGAAGUAUUUGAAUUUAAAUGUUUUAUUGUGGGGUUUGAAAAUACUUUGAAUGUUAAUACGUCAAUCAUGGCGUUUGGGGCUUGGAGCAGCUCUUCCCUGGUCAUCUCAUUUGAUGCCCAUGCUAUGAAAAAUACUUGUUUUAUUUGCCUUAUAGAUAUAUAUGCUCAAGGUUCCUGUCUUGCUACCAUUUGUAACUCGGUAGAGAUGGAAUUACACUUGUUUAUCUUGUUGCUGCAAUGAGAAAUAAAUGAAUACACGGACCUUGGUUCAGA